AUGAGAGUCGGGGUCAGGGAUGACAUGGUAGUUCCCUGGGGCGCGUCGCCAGCGAGCGGCGGAGUAAAAACAUCAGUCAACCGCUUGUCACACGUCUUGCUGACUCUUUCCUUUCUCCAAAACUUGUAUUUUCUUUGUAAUAGAUUCCAUUAUACCAUGUCCGAGCCCGUCUCUGCGUCUGCUGAGGUCGUCAACCCAACCCCACCCGCUUCAGAGCCCAACAUAUUCAAGGUCUACAAGCCUUCUGCGUCAGCCUCUCGUCCCCUUCCUCCGUUAUCCGAUGAGGACCUGACUCCUACUGCCGCCGACCUUAAAGCCGCGCAGAAUUCUCUGUCAGCUCGAACCCAAGCAUUGGUCGAUGCGCCCCUCCAGCUUCGCGCAGUCCGCGAGGCAGAACAGAAAGCCAAGAGGGACAGAUGGCCAAAUACCACAAUACGGAUCCGUUUCGCAGAUGGAACCCAGCUAGAGAAGGUCUUCCCGUCGAACAGCAAGAUUCGAGCCAUCUAUGCAUUCGUGCGGGGUUCGUUGAGGGAGGAUGGACAGCAAACCAAGUUCGUGCUAUACCAGCCGCCCAAACGAGACCUCAAGGUCUCUGACACAGCCGUCCGCGACUUGUCGUUGGCGGAGCUCAAUCUUGCGCCAGCGUCGGUCCUUCUCCUUCGUUUCGAAGAUGCCACACGUCCAGAUGAAGUCAGGAAGCUCAAUGCUUCUGGUGCUUCGGCCCCUCUUUCCUCUGAGGUCCUUGCACAAGCUAUCGAUCUACCCACUCCUCCUUCUGCGCUGACUCCAGUUACUCCCGCAACUUCAACUCUGGCUGAAGAGGCAAAGAAUGUUUUACAAAACAUGGAAAAGAAGAUGCCGAAAUGGUUGAAGAUUGGGGGCAAAAAGUAA